CGCAACGCGCCAUCGAAGGAAAUAGUGUAAGAAGUGCGUGAAGUCGAUCGGGACUGGACACGGAAUCUGAGAUUUAACUUGAUCCUCGCUCUAGUUUUGAGGAUGUAAAACUACAACUUGCGGACAAUGAAUUUUACUCGCCAUGUUUUUAUAAACAGCUGGUGAAUUCAUGAAGAUAAUACAGGCGACAUACUGGAUCUGCACGCCCCACUGCUGGCCCCGUCGGCACGGUAACUUUGGACAGAGGCAGGGCUCUCCUGCUAGCUGCCACACAAGCUAACUCCAGAUCUUGUCAUCGUUCCUCCUGAUGCUGAGAGGCUUGUGGUGACGCAUCUGCCUCAUCUACAGCUGAAUUACUGUGAAGAUUGUCUCUCCUCUGGCCUCCUGACAGAGUGAAACUGUGUCAACAUCAUAUAUAAUCAGACACAGAAGUCAAGAUGUCCAUCACCAACACACCUACCAGCAACGAUGCCUGCCUGAGCAUCGUGCACAGCCUGAUGUGUCACAGGCAGGGGGGCGAAAGUGAGACGUUUGCCAAGCGGGCCAUCGAGAGCCUGGUGAAAAAGUUGAAGGAGAAAAAAGACGAGCUCGACUCGCUCAUCACAGCUAUCACCACCAAUGGGGCCCAUCCCAGCAAGUGUGUGACCAUUCAGAGGACCCUGGAUGGGCGACUUCAGGUGGCCGGACGUAAAGGGUUCCCUCAUGUAAUCUACGCCCGGCUGUGGCGGUGGCCUGACCUGCAUAAGAAUGAACUGAAGCAUGUCAAAUACUGCCAGUUUGCCUUCGACCUCAAGUGUGACAAUGUGUGUGUCAACCCCUAUCACUAUGAGAGGGUGGUGUCUCCUGGCAUAGGUGAGCAUGGAGAGAUCUUCAACUUAUCCGGACUGACACUGACCAGCUCUGGUCCCAGCUCUGCACUGAUGGUUAAGGACGAGUAUGAUUUUGAUGGGCCGCAGAGUCUGCCCUCAAUCGAGGGAGGGCACUCCAUCCAGACCAUCCAGCACCCUCCAUCCGCCGGCUGCCCGGCCCCCUCUGAACCAUUUGCGACCCCGAACCUGCUCCCACCGGCUGAGGCCUCCACCUCUGCCUCAACAUCGUCCUUCCCCGCCAUUGCUGCUGGAGCAGGCAGUGCCAGCUCAAACUGGUCUAGGAACAGCAGCUUCACAUCCAACAUACCCCACCACACCAACGGCCAUCUACAGCACCACCCUCCUAUGCCACAUCCGACACACUACUGGCCAGUGCAUAAUGAGCUGGCCUUUCAGCCUCCGAUAUCCAGUCAUCCAGCUCCUGACUACUGGUGCUCCAUUGCCUAUUUUGAGAUGGACGUUCAGGUCGGGGAGACGUUUAAGGUGCCCUCCUCUUGCCCCACCGUGACUGUGGAUGGCUACGUCGACCCCUCAGGAGGAGACCGCUUCUGCUUGGGCCAGCUCAGCAACGUACAUCGCACUGAGGCGAUUGAGAGAGCAAGGCUUCACAUCGGUAAAGGGGUUCAGCUGGAGUGUAAGGGCGAGGGAGAUGUGUGGGUGCGAUGCCUCAGUGACCACGCAGUGUUUGUUCAGAGUUACUACCUGGACCGAGAGGCAGGCCGAGCCCCCGGAGACGCUGUUCACAAAAUCUACCCCAGUGCUUACAUCAAGGUGUUUGACCUCCGGCAGUGCCACAGACAGAUGCAACAGCAGGCUGCUACAGCUCAGGCAGCAGCUGCAGCACAAGCAGCCGCUGUGGCCGGGAAUAUACCUGGCCCUGGAUCAGUUGGAGGAAUAGCUCCAGCUAUUAGUCUGUCAGCAGCAGCCGGUAUCGGGGUAGACGACCUCCGCAGGCUGUGUAUUCUCAGGAUGAGUUUCGUGAAGGGCUGGGGGCCCGACUACCCCCGCCAGAGCAUCAAGGAGACCCCCUGCUGGAUCGAGAUCCACCUGCACAGAGCUCUACAGCUACUGGACGAGGUUCUGCACACCAUGCCUAUAGCAGACCCGCAACCUCUGGACUGAGCAUCGCACUGCAGCCAUACAGUGGCAAUGGAAAGUCUUCCUCGGUGAACUGUUGUGACACUGAAGCUGUCUCACGUGAAACAAAAGAAGACAAACCUUCAGGUGUGUUUGAGGCACCUUUGUGCACUGUGGCUCCUACUUUUGCUUUUUUAUUAUUUUUUUUUAAGCAAGAGUGACACUAAAAUGAGCCAAAGCCACACAUCAAAGAUAUCUUUAUUUUUGAUAGAUGGCUUUGAUUUUUAAUAACUGGAAUAUGAUCAACUGUAGGACUAGAAAAAGACUUCACAGAUAACUAUAGUUACAAAGCACCACAACAUGCACAUACAUGACCUGCAGAUUGCGACUACUGACAGACAUUAGAUUCAGUGCUGUACCGCUGUGCAAUGAGACGGCUCUCACAUCCAGUGAUGGAGCACCAGCGUGCUGCUGGUUUUCUAUCGCGUCGGUUUCCACUCGAGCCGCUACAGACCGCUUCACACCUGGGAUGACGAGCAAGUUCAGCCGACUGUCGGGCCGGAAUAGAAAAGCAGCGACACUCGAUGCGAUCGGCGCUCGACAUCACGUCGGUAGCUGCCUCUCAGAUGCUGGACAGGGUUGAGAGGACCACCCGGCUUGGAUCAGGUCGUAUUAGACGCCCACGGGAAUAUCACAGUGAGCGAAAGGACGAGCACCGCGCCUAAAGCCGCCUCUAACCCUCCGAACUGAAACACGGUCAAGUCAAUGGACUCUUCUAGGUCAGGUAUUGUCAAAGUAUGGGUUUGGACCGUAUAACUGGUUUGGCAAGACAAAGUACUUUUUACUCGGUAAUAUACUGUAAGUCUCGUGUGAUCGUGAGAGUUCAGGUCAGCUGCUGGACCCAAUCACGUUCAUUUAGAGGUUUCUUUAACUUUAAAUGUGAUUAUUUGUAUUUCUUUAGUUUUGAUUUUUAUCUCCAAGCAUACCCGACUCUUCACACUUGUUGAGAAUCAUUGUACUGAAAUAUCGUAUGACUUGCAGCCCACGUAUAUAUGCUACUUGAUCCAGGUCUCUUGUGUGUAGUUUACUGAUAAAGAUGCGUGAAUUGAAGACGGUGUCCCAGCAAUAUUGAAAUAUUUUCUUUGGUUUUAUUUUUGUUACUUUUAUUAAUUGAUUUGUAUUAUAUUUGUAGCACUUUAUUAUUUUUUCCCCUUGUUUUUAAUACAAUAACCCUAAUUUAGAGGUGGCUGUCCUGCAAUACGGAAAGGGAGUGAACAGACUGAUUUAUAUAUAUUUUGUAGGAGUGUGAGCAGAGGCAACUUUGUGAUGCAUUUGUACUGGAAACAUUUGUAACACUCUCUAUAGGCAUUGACACACACUGGUAGGGUUUCUUUUAUUUUCUUUCCUUUUAAAUCCAUGUAAAUAAUGUUGUUUUUGAAAUGCAUGUCAAUAUUCGCAUGAAUUUGAAUGACAAUUAGACCCCAUUCCCCCCCCCCCCCCCCUUUUUAAAUACAGUACUUCACAAACUGGAUUAUGUGAGGAGAGCUGUGUGCGUGUGUGUGUGUGUGUGUGUGUGUGUGAGAACAACAUUAAAGGCAAACCGUGGGAAGCUACAUAAUCAUUACUGAUGGAAAUUAUAUAAUUCAAUUAUAUAAACUUAAUGUUUUUUUUGCAGCCAGGCUUCUAAAGAAGGCAACUUGUCUCCUGAGAGCUCAUUUUCAUACAAUAACACCAUCAGUUAUGUGUGCAGCCUCUCUUUGAUAGUAAAAUGAGUUCAAGCGUAUUAUCAUAUUGACACAGAAAUAGUUAUUUCAACACGAGUCCCCUCGUCGCUGCGCUGCAUGUGAUGCAUUCUGUUACUGGUUUUUACGGCAUUGUUGCAGAUUAAGCACAUUUCAUUUACACAUGUUGAGACUCUUCUGUCCAUACAUUAUAUAUCUGAUCAUCGGCAUAUGACAAGACGUGUUUAUGUCCCUAAACGGGUGUGUUUUUUAUUUUUUAAUAAUGCUGUCUUGCAGAUGAAAAAGACAAAUUGGUUUCUUCGAGGUUUAGUUGAAAUUUGUUUGUUUGUUUGUCAUAAGAGAUGAUCCACUUUGCUCUCCAACUGAUGGAGCCAAACUAAGCAGCAGUGGGUUGCUUUCUCUCCUCUCUGUCCCAUCUUUCAUUAUUUCACUAUAAUUUGAAAAGCAUUGUUUAAAAGGUUUGUCCUACAUCAGGUAUUAAGAGUCAGUUAAGAGUGAAUGGUAGGAAACAGGAUAUUUUAUGAUUAUGUAUCUGAAUGAACUGAUGCUGAAUUCUGUCCAGAGAAAUAAUCUGUCAUGCUUUAGGGUGGUCAGAUGUCUUUAUAAUACUUGCAGUUAUUAUAGGAGCCUAUGAAGACACGGCUCACAUGAGUUGCUGUGGACUACUGUGACAGAUUGCAGAUAUGCAUUUUACCUGUAUUUCUUAUGCGAGAGUCUUUAAUUAAACAUGGCCUGAUAUUCUCUAA